AUGGUUAUUGAAGAAGUCAGAGAAUUAAUUUUUACUAAUCCAUCUAUUUUGCAGAGUGAAAUUAAUGUUAGACUUGAAGCAGAGUUUCCUGAGCUUUAUAAGAACUUUACUUCAAUAAAAAUUUCCAAAAUAUUUCAAAAUAUCAAGAAAGAAGCUGGACUAAAUGAUUGGAGACUUGCGCCAGAUAUAUUAAGUUCAAUCCAAAGUCAAGGAAUUUCAUUUUUUAGAUCAUCAUCAAUUAAUUACUCUGGAGAUCUUUAUCAUUAUAUAAUUUGAGCAACUAAGUGACAGCUAUCUCAUCUAAGAGAAAGUGUGCACUGAUAUAUGGAUGGAACAUUCAAAGUUAUUCCUGCAGGGUUUUAUCAAUUACUGACUAUUCUGAUUAUAGAUCCUCAAAGCCAGCAUUACAUGCCUACUUGUUUUAUUGCAAUGUCUUCAAAGCAUACCUUUCUAUAUCAAGCAGUUUUUGAAAAGAUAAAACUUAUAACUCAGGUGAACUCUUUAAAGCUAAAAGUUGAGUCAUUUACAAUUAACUUUGAAAAAUCUCUCAUGCUUGCAGUGAAGAAUUGCUUUCCAGGGAAAAAAAUUGUAGGCUGUCUGUUUCAUUUUUCGCAAAGCCUUAACAGGGAAGGCAAAAAAAUUAUUAUUACUGCCUAA